GCUCGCCUCUCCGCGCCCGCUGCCCGCCGAGAUCGCGCUCCUCCUCGACGCCUUCGCCUUGCCGCAGACACCGCUCCGGCGACCGCUGCAUUCCUCCUUCCCGUCCACAUCCAUCCCUGCCCUCCGCACCCGCCUCGCCAGAGCCGCUGCGCCCACGCCUCGAGGGUCUCUCGUCUCUCUCCCCGUCUCGCGCGCCUCUCUCCCUCUCCCCCGUCUGGCCCCUCUCACCAUGCUCUCCGUCCGCGCCCUGCGCACCACGGCGCUGCGCGCUGCGCCGCUCCGUGCGGCCGCCGCGCCCGCCCGCGGCUACGCCACCACCGUCGCCGAGGAGGCCGCCGAGAUCGACCCCAAGCUCUUCGACCGCAAGGUCGACAUGAGCGUCAUCGAGAAGGGCAAGGGCUUCUACGUCAACUACAAGCGCAUCGAGGACAACCUUAAGAUUGUGCGCGAGCGCCUCAACCGCCCGCUCACGCUCUCCGAGAAGAUCGUGUACGGCCACCUGGACGACGCGCGCAACCAGGACAUCGAGCGCGGUGUCUCGUACCUCAAGCUGCGCCCGGACCGUGUCGCGUGCCAGGACGCUACCGCCCAGAUGGCCCUGCUGCAGUUCAUGUCUGCCGGCCUCCCGACGGUCGCCGUGCCCACGACGGUGCACUGCGACCACCUGAUCGAGGCGCAGGUCGGCGGCGCCAAGGACCUGCAGCGCGCCAAGGACAUUAACAAGGAGGUCUACGACUUCCUCGCCACGUGCACGGCCAAGUACGGCAUCGGCUUCUGGCGCCCGGGCUCGGGCAUUAUCCACCAGAUUCUGCUCGAGAACUACGCCUUCCCCGGCGGUCUCAUGAUCGGCACGGACUCGCACACGCCCAAUGCCGGUGGUCUCGGCAUGAUCGCCUGCGGUGUCGGCGGUGCUGACGCCGUCGAUGUCAUGGCCAACAUCCCGUGGGAGCUGAAGUGCCCCAAGGUGGUCGGUGUCGAGCUCAAGGGCAAGCUGAGCGGCUGGAGCUCGCCGAAGGACAUUAUCCUGAAGGUCGCUGGUGAGCUGACCGUCAAGGGCGGAACUGGCGCCAUCAUCGAGUACAAGGGUGCCGGUGUCGAGACGCUGAGCGCCACGGGCAUGGGCACCAUCUGCAACAUGGGCGCCGAGAUCGGCGCCACGACGUCCGUCUUCCCGUACAACGAGCGCAUGGGCGACUACCUGCGCGCCACGCGCCGCCCGGAGCUCGCCGAGCUCGCCAAGGGCUUCCAGCGCAACCUGCUGCCCGACCGCGACGCCUCGUACGACAAGCACAUUGAGAUCAACCUCUCCGAGCUUGAGCCGCACAUCAACGGCCCCUUCACGCCCGACCUGGCCACGCCCAUCUCCAAGUUCGCCGCUGCCGUCAAGGAGAACGGCUGGCCGGAGGAGCUCAAGGUGUCGCUGAUCGGCUCGUGCACCAACUCGUCGUACGAGGACAUGAGCCGCUCGGCCUCGAUUGCUGCCGAGGCCGCCGAGCACGGCCUCAAGGUCAAGGCGCAGUUCACGAUCACGCCCGGCUCCGAGCAGAUCCGCGCCACGAUUGAGCGCGACGGCCAGAUGGAGAUCCUCGAGAAGGCCGGCGGCAUGGUGCUUGCCAACGCCUGUGGCCCGUGCAUCGGCCAGUGGGACCGCACGGACGUGAAGAAGGGCGAGAAGAACUCGAUCAUCACGUCGUACAACCGCAACUUCACCGGCCGCAACGACGCCAACCCGGCCACGCACGCCUUCGUCGCGUCGCCCGAGCUCGUGACGGCCAUGGCGUUCGCCGGCUCGCUGACGUUCAACCCGCUCACCGACUCGAUCAAGGGCGCCGACGGCAAGGAGUUCAAGUUCAGCGACCCCUCGGGCAAGGAGCUGCCGCCGAGCGGCUACGACGCCGGCGAGAACACGUUCCAGGCGCCGCCGGAGGACCGCUCCUCGGUGCAGGUCGCCAUCGACCCCUCGUCCGACCGCCUGCAGUUCCUCGAGCCCUUCAAGGCCUGGGACGGCAAGGACCCCAAGGACAUGCCCGUGCUCAUCAAGGCCAAGGGCAAGUGCACCACCGACCACAUCUCGGCCGGCGGCCCGUGGCUCAAGUACCGCGGCCACCUGCAGAACAUUUCUAACAACUGCCUGAUCGGUGCCAUCUCUGACGUCAACGGCGAGGCCAACAACGUGCAGAACAAGCUCACGGGCGAGUGGGGCGCCGUGCCGGCCACGGGUGCCUACUACCGCGACAACGGCAAGCCGUGGGUCGUCAUCGGCGACCACAACUACGGCGAGGGCUCGUCGCGCGAGCACGCCGCGCUGGAGCCGCGCUACCUGGGCGGUGCCGCCGUCAUCGUGCGGUCGUUUGCGCGCAUCCACGAGACGAACCUGAAGAAGCAGGGCAUGCUGCCGCUCACGUUCGUCAACGAGGCCGACUACGACAAGGUCAAGGGCGACGACUCGGUCGACCUGAUCGGCAUCAAGGAGCUGGCGCCCGGCUCCAAGGUGACGAUGAAGGUGCACCACGCCGACGGCUCGUCGGACGACAUCACGCUCGAGCACUCGUUCAACGAGGGCCAGAUCGAGUGGUUCAAGGCCGGCAGCGCGCUCAACCUCAUGGCCGCCAAGGCGCAGGGCAAGGCAUAAAGCGCUCCCUCCUCCUGCCUCAUUCGAUCUCUCUCCGCCGCGCUCGUGUCUCUGGGCUCCCUCACGCGUUUACUCUACCCUCCCGCC